AAACACACACACACACACACCCUAUUUGUGACGUUAGGUAAGGGUGUGGGAGAAACAAUGAAUAAGGGGUUAGUGUAAAGCUCUUCGGAUCGAUCUCGUUCUCAUUAUCGCGCAUCACACAGCACCGGACGCACUUCUCACGCGGGCAGGAUCUAUUCAACUCUCCACACGCAGCUGGUGACAGCAGCGGCUCUCAGGUGAUCAGGAACUACCGUGUGCUCCUCCGGCCAUGGCCCGGCGUAUAUCGCCUGCUGUCGCUUUUCUCUUUUGCUUUGGACUUACGCAUGUGUUUGAGGUUGAAGCCAGAUUCCAGCGCUCUGUGGACCUCCACAGGCAGAAGAGAGAAUGGAUUGUCCCUCCCCAAAUCUUAGAGGAGAAUGUGGAUUACACCAAGAGAGAGUUCAUUGCAAAAAUUCGCUCAGAUAAGGAAGACCUCAAAGUGAAAAAUGUGAGGUACUCACUGAAGGGCGUCGGUGCAGACCAAUCGCCGUUCAAUUUAUUUGUGGUGAAUCCUGAAAAUGGAUAUGUCAGGAUAACGGGGAUCCUUGACCGAGAGAAAAUCGCACAAUACAAUCUUUCAGGCGUUGCUACGUUCACAGAUGGCAGGAUUGCAGAAAAUGACAUUGGGCUGAGAAUCAAAGUGAAGGAUCAGAAUGAUUGUUCGCCUGUUUUCGGUCUGAUGAAUCCUGGGGCUGUAGACGAGCUCAGUCCACCAGAAACUGAAGUAAUGAAGAUUAAUUGCUUUGAUGACGAUGAGCCAGGAAACCCAAACUCUCAGAUCAGGUAUGAGAUUGUUGAGCAGCAGCCAGCUGGGGACAACAUGUUCAGAGUAGACAGUGACGGCACAGUCCGUGUGGUCAAUCCUAACCUGGACAGAGAGACCAUCGAUCAGUAUGUCCUGCUUGUCAAAGCAUCUGACCUGAAUGGAGCUCCAGGUGGCAAUGCGGCCACAGGGACGGUCACCAUCAAGAUCAAUGACGUCAACGAUAAUGUGCCUACACUGCAAGGCCCAUUGGAGGCCAGUAUUGAGGAAAAUACAGAGAAAGUAGAGGUGAUGAGACUCAAAGCAAGCGACCUGGAUCUUGAGAACACAGACAACUGGAAGGCUGAGUACAGUAUUGCAACGGGCAAUGAGGCUGGAUACUUCAGCAUUCACACGGACGAAAAGACCAAUGAGGCAGUCAUUAUGCUUGACAAGGCUGUCAAUUAUGAGGAUGUCAAAGACCUGAACCUUGGCAUUGUUGUAAAAAACGCUGCUGAUUACCACCCCUCUGUGACUGGAGGAGGAAAAGGAACCAGUGUAAGCUUUGGGGGCAGCGGAGGCGGCGGAGGCGGCGGGGGCGGCGGGGGUGGCGGUGGCAGCUCAGGAGGAGGCGGUUCAUGGUCAUGGUCAGGGGGUCAGAUAUACAAUGUGAAAAUCAAUGUGAAAAACCAGCCUGAAGGACCCAGGUUCCUGCCCCAAACAAAAGCCAUCCCCAUCUCAGAAGGCAAGACUUUUAACAGCAAUGAGGUCAUCGCAAGAUACCCCGCCAUUGAUACAGACACAGGAAAGGAAGCUACCAACGUAAAGUAUGUUAAAGGAUCUGACCCAGAUAACUGGCUGACCAUCGAUGAGAAAACUGGAGCCAUUAGAAUGAACAAGGCUCCUGACCGCGAGUCCAAGUAUCUAGUUAACGGCACAUACUACGCCCAGAUUUACAGUAUAACUCAAGACUUGCCUUCAAAGACAGCAACAGGCACUAUUGCUAUCCAAGUAGAGGAUUUUAAUGACCACUGCCCAACUUUGACGAGCAAAGUUAAGACACUCUGUACUGACAAGGAUGCCGUGUUAGUCACUGCAGUGGAUGAGGAUGCACCACCCAAUGGAGCUCCAUUCACCUUCAAUGUUGUCCCAGAAGGAACUAAUGGGAAAUGGACAGUCGAGCAUUUAAACGAUACCACAGCCAUCUUCAGAAUACAUGAAAAGCUGUGGCCAGGAGAAUAUGAGCUGACGGUAGACGUCAAGGACGAGCAGGGGUUGUCAUGUCCAGAACCUCAGAAAAUCCAGGUGGAUGUUUGCACCUGUACCCACCAGGGAGCCUGUGCCCGAGCAGGACCAAUGGGACAAUCAGGAACAUUUAAGGGAUCCAGGUUUGGACCAGCUGGAAUCGGCCUGCUCUUCCUCGGACUCCUUUCAUUAUUACUCAUUCCACUCCUGAUGCUGCUGUGUCAGUGUGGAACUGCUGGGAUGGCAGGCGCUUUCGCAGAAAUGCCCUAUGACACUAAAGAGCAUCUCAUCUCUUACCAUACCGAGGGCCAGGGAGAGGACAGGGAUAUUCCACCACUCGAUGUUAUUGAUUAUGGAAAGUUAGGUUUUGCAUCAAGAGAUGUGGGUGGCAUGCGUAUUAUCGGAGCUGGAGGAGCAGGAGGAGCAGGAGGAGCAAGCUUCAUGGAAUCCACUUCCACAAUGGGUGUUCGUGGCCACAAUGGCUACAAUGGCUUCAAUGGCUACAAUGAAAUGGAAAUGUCCUACAUAGACUCAAUCAGAAGAAGUGAGACUCUUAGGAGUAGAGGAGCGGCUGGAGAUUUUGAUGGAAUGGCCGUGAAUGAUUUGUUCCUGGGCGAAUACUACUCACAGAAAAGCCAUGCAAUGGAGGAUGGAUAUGCUAAGAACGAGUCUAAGGCGUAUGACUAUGAAGGGAAGGGCUCUCCUGUGGGCUCUGUGGGCUGCUGCAGCAUCCUCGAAGAUAACAAUGACCUAGAGUUUCUCAAUGACCUCGGGCCCAAGUUCACUACUCUCGCUGAAAUAUGUGGAGGUAAAAAGAGCGAGGUCCCUGCUCCUCUUCCUCUUCCUCCCAAACCCACGGGGGGCCGUACCGAGGUGGUGUCUUCAUCAACCAACGUUAUAAAUCCUGUGAAUAUUACCACUAACAGAACUAUAUCUUCAAACGCAUUGAAUGUAGCUUCCAACACGGCUACGACAUCAUCUACCCGUGUGGAGAACGUCAUGGUCACAGACAGCCGGCCCACAGUGUUUACAAGUGUCCAACCGGCUCAAACGCUCCUGGUGCAACAGCAGCCAAUGUACUACAUGGUGGAGCCGCAGCCCAGCACGGUACUGCUCGCUGAAAGGCCCGCCGUGGGACAGAACAUGUACGUGCUGAACAGCGGCCCGGUAGCCGAGGGGGUUGUAGUCCAGGGCGCCAACAUAGCUACGAAUACCCUGACCCGCGGCGAGAGAAUGGUGCUUGUGGACGGGGGGGCACCUGCUCAGGCUGGGAUGCUGCACACAGGUAAUAUGUCCGGGUCACAAAUGUUCCUGGUUGAUGGGGGAGCCACGAGCGGUCAAGUCCUUCAGGGGACGCUUCGGAGAGGGGUUGCUGGAUCUCAGGGCCUGCUAGUCAUGGAAGGACAAGGGGGUCAGGUGAUUCAGGGGUCCCUCAAAAAAGGUGUUUCCACUCAGGGUGGAUCUCAAAAUGUCCUUUAUAUGGACAGCAAAGGGGGAUCAGGUGGGGGGGUUCAAAGGGGGAUGAUGUCCACAGGGUCGUUCAGUAGCAUCGGAUUAGGUGGGUCAUCUGUCCAGAUUAACCAAAACCCAUCGUCACAUAAAGUCGUUGUUCAGGAGAGAAAGGUUGUGACAACACAAAGUGUCAAGCAAUAAUAUAACACUCAUUCAGUACUUGUCUUCAGAGCUCAUGCGUGCAAAUCAUUAGAGUUUCAUGCUGUUACCAUGUUAGGUUACAUAGAAUAUGCAAAUAAUGCUUGAAAACUGGUUUUUAAUAAACUACCUUGAGGUUUACUUCUCUGUAUGUGUAGUGCAUUAUACUUGAUUUUCUUUUCCUUUCAUUUAUCCCCAUGCCUAUAAAUUAUAUGUUACUGUAUGUGUGUAUUCAGUGUGUCCUCUGUAAAGUCUGUUGUUUGCGGAAAAUAUGCACAAGUUGUCCUGAGGCCAUUCCUGUUCAGUUCAUGCAAAUCAGCAGAAAGCUAAGUGCAGAUAUAUGAGAACAUAAACACAGCCAGAAAGAGUCAAUUCAAAAGACUAUAGAAGGACAGAUGUUUUUAUUUGAUUUUGAUUGUUUGUUUUAGAAAAGUAUAGUGAUGUAAAAGACAAUUCAUGAAUCAGUUGUGGCAAUGUAUAUUUCGGGUAGCUGUUUAUAAAAAUGAUCAGUGUGUUAUAUUAACCAGUUUUUACACUACCUUUCAUUCCUCUUCUUAGUUACUUUUUGUAAUCCAAUAUGAAGUCUGAUUAGUAAGUCUGUGUUUAGAAGCUUGUGGUUUCUCUUUGCAGUGUGGUUAAAUAAGAACCCACAUUCCAAGCAAUAAUAAUCAUAUGUAUGAAAUGAAUGUAACAAUGUCUUAUAUUUUCUCUCAAAAUGCUUUUGUAUUAAGAAUACAGUAGCUAAAGCACAUUUCUUUUGUUUAGUCGUUGGAAUUUAAUGCUAAAAACAAAAAAAUUACAUUGGUGCUGGGUUUUUUUUCUAUUCACAGCUCUGGUUUGGUACAAAAAAUAUUUUAUUUUCUUGAAGUUUUUUUUUUUUUUUUGAAGGGUUGGCUAGUGGUUUCCAACUUUCCCAGAAACCGACUCAUCAGCUACAUGCUGGGAAAGUGUGUCACUACUUUUCACAUAGAAACUUUUUUCAGGGGUCAAUAUUGUAAAGCAGCGUAAAACUGUUUAGAACUUCUUUUUUUUAAUGCUGAUUUUAUAAAUGUUUCAUAUGUUUCACUGUAGAACAGAAUUCCAAAAGACAAUAAAAAGUCUUUUAAAUGCCA